GUACCUAAUGAAGGAUGACAGGAAGAUGAAAUGUUUAGAUUACUGGCAAAAUAAUAUUAAAAAACAGAUUUGACCACACUGUACAGAUUUUCCUCAAACUACUGCAAUGAAUCUUUCUGUGUUUGGAUGACGAGGCAGGCAGUUUCAGAAAAAACAUUCAUUGUGAAGUGGAACCUUCUGCUCCGGAAACGAAACAACCCUCUGUAGAAAGUCGGUGAAAGUUACAAGUUUAGGCUCCAUAUCUUGUCAUUUCCUUUCUUGAACUUGGAAACUAUUGUGACAGUUAAAGUACCACGCACACACUAGUACUCACAGAUUGCAUAGUUUGGCUAAGCUGUAGUAAAUGCAUGUAACUGAGGCACCAUAAAACAGGGCUUAUCAUUCUGUAGUUUAUAAACGUUGAAUAAGUAGCUGUAAAGCGCGUGCGUGUGUGUGUUCUUGACAGUGCCAUGCAGGAGAUUACAAGGUCAUAUUUUAUUACAACAGAGUCAUGUUGCAUUUAUUGCCUCCUAAACAUCAUUUGAUCCUUUGUGUUUGUUGAAUGUGGCAAUUAACAGGCAGGAAGAAGUGAAUGUACAUAAAUUAAAUAUUCGAUUUAAUAAUCAAUUCAUUUUUUGAGUUGCUCAGCAGGAUAAGUGCUGUAAGGACACUGACACGUUAUGAAAGCCUGUGUUCAGUGAUAAUGUGCUGUAUGUAAGCAAGGUAAAGGAUAUGUCCAGCAAAGGAUCAGAAUGAAAAUAAGCAUUUCAUUUCACUGUCUGCUUUGUUUGUUUGACCCUGAUGUCAGAUGGAAGGAAAGUCUCUGUGUGUGUGUGUGUAAAUGUGUUUAAAUGUGUGUGUGUGGGGAGGGGUAUUCAGGGUGGCAUGAGCAGCUGUUGACAGAGAAGCAAGAUCUUCUGGUCACCAUAGCAACACUUGUAUUGCCCUCACUUGGUUUGUUGCUGUGUUUACAGCUUAUUUGUGCAAUCCUCACCUUUUUGGGAAAAGGGAUUGGUUUACAGAGACAUUCAUGUUGUUCCUGUCCUUCUUUUCGAUGAAUAGAAAAAUGCUUUUUCUCAAAAUGAAAAAAGAAAAAAAAAGAAAAACAACAAACACGUCAACACAGACAAAGGCAGGGACCAUCGGUUUUGUGUUUCUCACAUAUACUGGAUGUUUAGCAUUUACCACACUGUGUAACACUUGCUGGACUAGAUUUGAAUUUAAAACUAGCAAAGACAAGGUGCUGGGUUUUUUAAAAAAAUGUUUUAAAUUUGCAUUGCCUGAUGGAUUAAAGAUGAGCAGCGAACCAUCACCAAUCUUUGUCUAUACAUGUGGUGAUUCCAGUACAAGGUCAGAGUACAUGCAAAACAUCUACAAGAGGGGUUUCCGCUCUACUGCUUUAUCAUUCAGUCUGCUCAGUGCCAAAGACAUACCAGCUUUUCUCCAUCCCCCACAGCCCUCGGUGCAUGUGCUGCUCUACUGCAACUGCAUCCAGUGUACCACGAUUACAUGCACACAUUUAUCUUAGUGUUUGUCUCAAUUAAUAAAUUCACUAAACAUUUUUCUACCUGUGUUGCAUUUUGUUCCAGCUUUUAUUUUAGAUAGAUUGGUUACGUAUUCUUAGUUCUACUGUAUAUGCCACCCCGUGGCUCGGGAGCCACAUGCGGCUCUUUGCCCAGUUUCAUGCAGCUCUUACCUUUAUGUCAAAUGUAAAUGACUUAGAGGGGAAAACCAUUGAGUAGUGCGUAGGCCUACCAAAUUCACUUUCAAAAUGGCAGGGAAAAAUGCACAGCCAAACGAAUAUAUGAAGAUGAACACAGGAAGGUUUUAAUAGAGAUGGAGAGGUUGUUUUUUUUUUUUUAUUGUAAUGGCAAGCCAUUGUGCCUUAUAUGUCAGGCAUCAUUAGCGCAUUUCAAGGCUUCAAAUAUUCAGCGGCACUUCAGUUCACUCCAUGCUAACAUUGACCAAGAAUUUCCAAAGGGGACUUGCAAUGUGGCUCAUUGCAGUAACACGGUCAAAAUUCAGCCUUUGACUGGUUAGCCACCGCUGGUUCAUGCCAUCUAUGUGUCUUCUAGGUAAGUCUGUUCAGUGUGCAUUGAAAUGGGGAUGAUAGCUAUCAAACAUGUAAAAGUAAACCAUAUGUGCAGUGCAACAACACCAGGGGUUAAUUUAGUGAAAGCAGACAUAAAAUGUGUGAACACACCCUUAGUUUCACCCUCACAUUGUUUCAUAUGGGAAAUUAGUGAGAAGAAGCUGCUCGCUGUUUCUCCAGCUACAUAUAACAGAAGAGUCAGGAGUGAGCCCAGCACUAGAACUUACCUCAUCCUCUACAUUGGGCUAAGAUGAGUAUUACCAGUGACGAAGUAAAUUUCUUGGUCUACAGAUAUCUGCAAGAAUCAGGUUUCUCUCACUCUGCAUUCACCUUUGGCAUAGAGAGCCACAUUAGCCAGUCUAACAUCAACGGAACACUAGUGCCCCCUGCAGCUCUCAUUUCCAUCCUGCAGAAAGGGCUCCAGUAUGUGGAGGCGGAGAUCAGCAUUAAUGAGGAUGGUACAGUGUUCGACGGUCGACCCAUUGAGUCGCUGUCCCUCAUCGAUGCUGUGAUGCCCGACGUGGUGCAGACGCGGCAGCAGGCCUUCCGUGACAAGUUAGCCCAGCAGCAGGCGGCCAGUGGCAUGUCAGCUUCGACCUCUGGGAAUCAGAACAACGCACCAAAGAAUGGAGAAGCCACUGUUAAUGGAGAGGAGAAUGGCACUCACAACAUGAAUAACCACAGUGAACCUAUGGAGGUGGAUAUGGAUGUCGCAAUACCAGCUAGUAAAGCCACAGUGCUUCGAGGUCAUGAGUCCGAAGUGUUCAUCUGUGCCUGGAACCCCGUCAGCGAUCUGCUCGCCUCAGGGUCGGGAGACUCCACCGCCAGGAUCUGGAACCUGAACGAGAAUAAUAACUCCAACUCCACCCAGCUGGUGCUGCGCCACUGUAUCCGAGAAGGUGGCCAGGAUGUCCCAAGUAACAAAGACGUCACCUCACUGGACUGGAAUAGCGACGGGACUCUGCUGGCAACUGGCUCGUAUGAUGGAUUUGCCAGAAUAUGGACAAAGGAUGGAAAUCUGGCAAGCACAUUGGGGCAGCACAAAGGGCCCAUUUUUGCACUCAAGUGGAACAAGAAGGGGAACUCUAUUCUCAGUGCUGGCGUAGAUAAGACGACAAUCAUUUGGGAUGCACUCACAGGAGAAGCCAAACAGCAGUUUCCUUUCCACUCAGCCCCAGCUUUGGACGUGGACUGGCAAAACAACACCACCUUUGCCUCAUGUAGCACGGACAUGUGCAUUCAUGUAUGCCGACUCGGCAGUGACCGGCCUCUCAAGACCUUCCAGGGCCACACGAAUGAGGUUAAUGCCAUUAAGUGGGAUCCAUCAGGUAUGCUGCUGGCAUCCUGCUCAGAUGACAUGACGUUAAAGAUCUGGAGUAUGAAGCACGAGUCCUGUGUUCACGACCUCCAGGCCCACAGCAAAGAGAUCUACACCAUCAAGUGGAGUCCCACAGGGCCAGGCACAAACAACCCCAACUCCAACAUCAUGCUUGCCAGCGCCUCCUUCGACUCCACUGUUCGACUGUGGGAUGUGGACCGGGGCAUUUGCAUUCACACACUGACCAAACACCAGGAACCUGUCUACAGUGUGGCCUUCAGCCCAGAUGGUAAACACCUGGCCAGUGGUUCCUUCGAUAAGUGCGUCCACAUUUGGAACACCACGACCGGAGCCUUAGUCCACAGCUACAGAGGCACUGGUGGUAUUUUCGAGGUAUGCUGGAACAGCACCGGGGACAAAGUUGGUGCCAGUGCAUCAGACGGAUCGGUCUGUGUUCUUGAUCUCCGAAAAUAGCUGACCUGAGACUUUCUAAUGAUGAAUCCUGGAACGCGCAGCAAAUUGCCUUCUUCUGACAUCAGCAAACACACUCUCGUGGCUUUAAAGGAGCCGUUAAGGUGGACUGACGCAAAAAAAACCUACACAGAAGUGAAAAACAAAACGACGACAGCUGCUCCUGAUGAGCCGACACCCACUGAACUCGGUGCACUCCGUUGAAGUGUGUUUCAUCAUCGGCCUGACUGAGACAAUGGAGUCUGGGUUUUUUUUUUAAGAGAUCCCCCAGAUUGGACCAAAUCCAAAUCGCUGGGUGCAUCUGUGUUUUACAAGGUUUCCAAUGAAGCAGUGCUGCGAUCCCCUCCGGGCCUACGGUCCAGCUGUUAUGGGAAUGUGAAGGGUCGGAAACACCGAGUUGGGUUUUACAGUUUGAGAGAAGUGUUAAUGAGACACAUGUUUGGCUGCAAACAAAACAAGAAGCGAGAGAGAGUGAGCGUGAGAGAGAGAGAAUUCCUUUGUGCAAAUGUUACUCCAUGUCGUGGUUUAAUGACGUAAUGGUUGACAUGCUGAAAGUAACAUCAGAACAGAAGCACUGCUAUUGUCCACGGACAGUGUGCUUAACCUUCUCCUCAGCGGAGACUAGUGUGUUUCAAGAGUACUUCUUGGAGCCAUCUUUUUGUCUAUUUUCCACAGAUGGACUUUUGAAAGUCAUAAUUGAAUGUGCCAGUACGAGGUAGUUCUACGCUCACAUUUUAACGUCAUCAAAAUCAAUACGCCAAGAAUGAGUACUCAUCUCUUAAUAAAACAAUGAUGGAAAACAAACAAAGAUCGAGCUCAGUUCAGACGAGAUUAGAAAAACAUCGCUCAGUGAACAAGAUGUGAAAAGAAGAAAAUCUUCGCCCGUUUGGAUGUAAAUUUAAAGAAUGUAAAGAUAUGUAAAUUAGAUAAAUACACAGACUUAUAUACUGUGUAUAUAUGUUUAUAUACACUACUCUUUAUUGCCAUCCUGUAGGGGCUCACUAAUGGCUAGAGUUGUCACGUCUUUUACUGCUAACACAGAAUGAGGCCUCUUUUUAAAGAAAGUGCAUGCCUCAGCAGCGUUUUUUAAAAUCCUGGUCUUUUUUGACCCGUGCAUCCAAAUGUUUUUUGUUUCUUUUAAAUCAAGUGAGUCACAAACAGCUCAAGUCUCUCCUCAUAAUCACAGAGAGUCACUGACAAAAGUGCAUGUCAUAAGGAUGGAGGCGUUCGUGAUAGUUUUUAUCUAUGGCUCCUCUGUUUUUCUGGUUGUUUUUUUUUUUGUUUGUUUGUUUGUUUUUUUGGGUUUUUUUUUCUCCUCCCUCAACAUUCAGCAGAAAUGUCAGACUACAUUGUGACCACAAGGUGGAAGCGGAGCUUAAGUCCAACUGAUGCUUAAAAAGACUGGAAAACCUAAAUGUGGGUAAUGAUUGUUCUCAUUCAGUCCCUGUGAGUGCUGCCUGCUAAAAUGCUAAUUAAUGGGCUUCAAGCGUUGCAGUCGUGUAUUAACCCUAAGAGCUGAUCACAAAGUUGUCACGGCUUUGAUUUUUUUUUGCCUUUUACCUGGUUCUUUUCUUUCUGCAUCGACUUCAGCCAGACCAACAUGAAGUGCACUUUUUGUAGUGGUGGCUUCAGCUUCAUGUUCAGUUAAAGGGCCAAUAUAUUUUUGUCUCCUUUUUUUGUUUCUGUCUUUCUUUGUAUUACUAUUCGAUGUUGAUGGGUGGUUUGUUGUUUUUCAUUUGCUCAGAGCCAAUAUUGUCUGUGUCAGACUGAGAAUCAGGCUGUGUUUGGGUUGGCAGGCUAAAGAGCCCAGGUUGGAAUAAGUGUGGUGACGGCGACUGUUUGUCUGACGCCCUGCUCUAGGGUGGCUCACCUGUUUCGAGGACUAAAACAUUGAAGUCAUUCUGCGUUUCAAAUAAAUCACUCUAUUUUGAUAUCAGAAACA